CCGGCGGGCGGGCUGGCUAGUGUGGUGUGUGCGUGCGGUCGCACAGUGGUUGUGUUUCGGGUCGCGCUGAUAGCGACACAGUUCGGGACGCGUUUGAUCACCGGGAGAUGGGAAUGCUGAAGAGAUGGCUGUGAAAGAAAUGGCUCUGACGCUUUUGACCCUGAUCGGGUUGGCGGCCAUCGGCGACGCUUUGCAUUGUAACUGCACAAACUGCGAGAAGUCUGGCUAUGAGUGUGAAACGGACGGCGCCUGCAUGGCCUCCACAUACUACACCCACGGCAAGGAGCAACACGUGCGCAUCUGCAUCGACCGGGAAAACCUGGUCCCCCCCGGACAACCGUUCUACUGCCUGAGCGCCGAGGGCCUGCUCAACACACAUUGCUGCUAUGUCGAUUAUUGCAACAGCAUCGAAGUCCCGGUGCCGACGAAGGAGGGCGACUGGUCCGGCUCGGGCGGCUCCUGGGGGCCCGUGGAGCUGGUGGCGGUCAUCGCAGGGCCGGUGUUCCUCCUCUGUGUGCUGCUGAUGGUGGGCGUGUUCCUCUUCCAGUAUCACCAGAGGGCCUACAGCCACAGGCAGAGGCUGGAGGUAGAGGACCCGUCCUGUGACCACCUGUACUUGGCUAAGGACAAGACCCUGCAGGACCUCAUCUAUGACAUGUCCACCUCCGGAUCAGGCUCUGGUCUGCCCCUGUUUGUGCAGCGCACGGUGGCAAGGACCAUUGUGCUGCAGGAGAUCAUAGGAAAGGGUCGUUUUGGGGAGGUGUGGAGAGGGAAAUGGCGAGGAGGAGACGUGGCGGUGAAGAUCUUCUCAUCCAGAGAGGAGCGCUCCUGGUUCAGAGAGGCCGAGAUCUACCAGACAAUCAUGCUGCGCCACGAGAACAUCCUCGGGUUCAUUGCAGCGGACAAUAAAGACAACGGCACGUGGACUCAGCUGUGGCUCGUGUCAGACUAUCAUGAGCACGGCUCUCUUUUUGACUACCUUAACCGCUACUCGGUCACCAUCGAGGGCAUGAUCAAACUGGCCCUGUCGGCCGCCAGCGGCCUGGCCCACCUGCACAUGGAGAUCCUCGGCACCCAGGGUAAGCCGGGCAUUGCUCACCGGGACCUCAAGUCCAAAAAUAUCCUGGUGAAGAAGAACGGCAUGUGCGCCAUAGCUGACCUCGGCCUGGCAGUCCGCCACGAGUCCAUCACAGACACAAUCGACAUCGCGCCGAACCAACGCGUGGGCACCAAGAGGUACAUGGCUCCAGAGGUCCUGGACGAAACCAUCAACAUGAAACACUUUGACUCCUUCAAGUGUGCUGACAUCUACGCGCUGGGCCUUGUGUACUGGGAGAUAGCCCGCCGCUGCAACGCAGGAGGUAUCCACGAGGAGUACCAGCUGCCCUACUACGACCUCGUGCCCUCUGACCCCUCCAUAGAAGAGAUGAGGAAGUUGGUGGGUGACCAGAAGCUGAGGCCCAACGUGCCCAACUGGUGGCAGAGCUACGAGUCGCUGCGUGUGAUGGGUAAGAUCAUGAGGGAGUGCUGGUACGCCAACGGAGCGGCCCGGCUCACGGCGCUGCGCAUCAAGAAGACGCUGUCUCAGCUCAGCGUGGAGGAGGACGUCAAGAUGUGAGCGGCGAGCAGACCACCCUGCUAUAGGAAAACAAACACUACAGACGGACUGCAAAUGAAAAGCCACACUCCAAGUUGUGACGAGGCCUACCUCACCUUUUUAGCCAAAACUACUGAGUCACCCCCCCCCCCCACCCCCCAUGUCCCCUUUUUGACUUUACUGCAUCUUUUUCUUUUGUUCCUCGUCUCCUCCGUUCCCUUCGACCUUCCCUCGUCCACAACACUACCGCUGUUAAUAUCAUCUUUUCAUUUCCCCAGUUAUUGUACAGCGACAGGAUGAAUAGGUCUGAGCUCUCUUACCUCUCUGAAGUGUGUGUGUGUGUGUGUGUGUGUGUGUGUGUGGUACUACGGGCAUGUUUCUGAGGACGUCCUCUGGUUUUAGGCUGUAGCUCAUUAGACAAAUCCAGUAAUGGGAAGUUUAAGCAUGGAACCCCACAAUCUGCAAUCUAACGCCUCGCUUGAACAUCCUUCAAACGGAGACGAGUUGUUCUCUCCGCUGUAGCUUCCUGUGACGGAGAUAAAUGUUUGGGAUGGUUUUGACUUUUAUUUAUUUGUUGAGUUUUUUUUUUUGUUUCAUAUUGAUGAACACUGAGAUGAGAUGUGACAAGUCCAGUAUGAUAUGAAAAUGUAGUUCCGUCAAGUCUUUCAGAUGUUAAGGGGUUGUUGUGUAGGAACUGAGCGCACAUAAGGAUGUAGCCCCCCCCCCCCCCCCCCCCCCUUUUAAGUGUGACAGGCGAUAACAUAAUUUACCCUGAGCAAAUACAUGGCGUAUGAAAUGGAAAAUACAGUUUUAAUUUUUUUUUAUAUAUUUGUGUUUUGUGUAAAGACAUCUUUUGACAUUAGACACUACUGAUGAUGGGUACAUAUGGGCUAUUUUUUUUAAAAUAAAAAAUGCAUUUAUUUUGGACAUCUGAACAGUGAUUUUGCUUUAAGGGUACUUUCAGAGUGCUGUUGUGUCUGCAUGUUUCUGUGCCAGGAAAAAGACGUCCUCUGCUGGAAUUAGUUUUUAAUUUGCUCCUCUAAUGGCAAUUUGGUGGUACUACUGAUCCCAGAUCAUUUUUGCUGCAGCCUGUUUUUAUUAUUAUUAUUAUUAUUAUUAUUAUGUAUAAUUGCUUGUUGAGUUAUUUUCAGCGUUCAGUAAGACCGAUCAGUUGCUACAUGAUGUCGUCCGGGGGGGGAUGCGGGGGGAGUCUCCCUUUUAUUGACACUGGAAUAUUUAGAAGCCUCAUGUUCACUUGAAUUCUGACCCCCGGCUGACCGUUCACCAACAGGGAACAUGAUGCGGUUCGAUGUGAAAAGUACUUUUCAUCCCUCCUUUGUCGGCUGUCUGUGAAUAAUCUCUAAAAGUAGAACACUGAAAGGUGUCACUGUUAGUUGUGUCAUCGCUCCACCCAGAGUCCGUGUCGUGUUAGAACCCCGACUUGGCGCGCUGUCUUCUGCACUGAGGUAGAUCAAUUGAAAACUCGUCUUUUCCCUUUUUUUUCUUUUCUUUUCUUUGGAACCACAAAAAUGUUGCUGCUACUGUUCACGUGGGUGGAAGUUCUGCAGGUGGAUAGAAAAGAGGGCGACUGCUGUCAGUUGAACCAAAAAAACACUCCUGUCCUUGUUUGGUUUGUUGCCAUGGCUGUAUGACCAUCACACAUCCUGUUCACAAGUAAUACUUCAAUCAUUUCAAAAAUGAUUUUGUGCAAAUCUUUUGUGAUUUGAUUUAAAAGUGUAUAUAGCUAUACAAUAAAUUCCUUUUUUUCUUA